CAAAUGUGCAAUACCAAGAUGUCCUCCCUUACGGAUGCUUCUUCUGUCACCGCUUCGGAGCAAGAGGCGCUGGUUAAACCAAAGCCACUAUUGUUGAAGUUGUUAAAGUUAGCUGGUGCAGAGAAGGACACUUUUACUAUGAAGGAGGUAAUAUUCUAUCUUGGACAAUAUAUUAUGUCUAAACAAUUAUAUGAUGAAAAACAGCAACAUAUUGUACACUGUGCAAAUGAUCUCCUGGGGGAUUUAUUUGGAGUAACAAGCUUUUCAGUAAAAGAACACAGGAGACUAUAUUCAAUGAUUUCCAGAAAUCUGAUAGCAAUCAAUCAACAAGACUCUGCCCCACCUGAGGAUGAUGCCAGAUUUCACCUUGAAGAAGAAAAUGUUAUAAAGGAAUCUAUGCAAGAGUUAGAAGAGAAGCAGACAUCAUCAAACGUGACUUCCCGACCAACUACAUCUUCUAGGAGGAGAACACACAGUGAAUCUGAAGAAAAUUCUUCAGAUGAUCUGCAUAGUGACAGAAGAAAACGACACAAGUCAGACAGCAUUUCUUUGACGUUUGAUGAAAGUCUCUCAUGGUGUGUAGUCAGUGGUCUGUGCCGUGAAAGAAGUAAUAGCAGCGAUUCAACAGAUUCUCUUUCCAUUCCUGAUCUUGAUGCCAGUUCAUUAAGUGAAAACUCUGAUUGGUUUGACCACAGUUCUGUUUCAGACCAGUUCAGUGUAGAGUUUGAAGUUGAGUCUAUUUAUUCAGAAGAUUAUAGCCAUAAUGAAGAAGGACAGGAGCUCACAGAUGAAGAUGAUGAGGUAUAUCAGCUGACUAUUUACCAGGAUGAAGAUAGUGAUGCUGAUUCAUUCGAUGAAGAUCCAGAGAUUUCUCUAGCUGAUUAUUGGAAGUGUCCUGAAUGUAGCGAAAUGAAUCCUCCACUACCACGACAUUGCCACAGAUGCUGGGCCCUUCGUGAGGACUGGCUUCCAGAUGAAAAGAGUGAUAAAUUGGAGAAGAGCAAGUCAGAAACUUCCUUCCCCCUAGAGUCUGAAGAAGGUUUUGAUGUUCCUGACUGCAAGAAAGUGAAAAUCACUGAAGAUAAAGAACCGGCCAUGGAGGAGAAUGAGGAUAAAGCAGUACAAAUUUCCGAGUCCCAGGAAAGUGAAGAUUAUUCUCAGCCAUCGACAUCAAGCAGCAUGUUUUGCAGCAGUCAGGAGGACUAUAAGGAACCCGAGAAGAGAGAAAUGCAAGACAAAGAGGAAAGCCUGGAAUCCAGUCUGCCCGUUACCAGCAUAGAGCCCUGUGUCAUAUGUCAGAGCAGACCUAAAAAUGGCUGCAUAGUACAUGGCAAAACGGGACACCUCAUGUCGUGUUUUACAUGUGCAAGGAAACUUAAGAAGAGGAACAAACCCUGUCCAGUGUGCAGACAGCCCAUACAAAUGAUUGUACUAACUUAUUUUAGUUAGAUGGAUGUUGACUGGAAAGCUGCAAAAGGAACUUCAUAAACUGGUUAAGAGAGUAAGAAACUAUUUUUGUAUGCUUAUUGGAAAAUUAAUAUUUUGAAUCUCUUUACAUGUGGUAUGAAAAAUAAUCAUUGAAAGAAAUGCACUGCAGUUGUUCAGAGGUUAGCCUAAUAUCCAUGUCAACUUGAAGAUUUUAAAUCCCUCUCAAUAGAGUUAACCAAUUCCUGUAAACUACCUGCCUCUCCAGGUGUUUUAUGUUCCGUACAAGUUAGUGACAUUUGUUUUGUCAUAUUAAAUGCA